GAUUAUUACUUCAUUGGAACAUUGGCUUAAGGUCAACCACGUUUUACCGGCUAAAUUUUAUGAACGUUAACCAUUGGACGCCAAGCGCACAGUUAAAACUGUUAUGGAGUCUAGAAAAGUUUCUUUGAGCGCUAAUGCGUUGAUUGGAGGCAAAUGGAGACUUGUACGGAAAAUCGGUGGUGGCUCUUUUGGAGAUAUAUAUCUUGGACAGAAUAUGUUGACGGGUGAUGAGGUCGCAAUUAAGCUAGAGCCCGUAACAGCUAGACAUCCUCAGUUAUUGUAUGAGAGUCGAGUCUACCGCGUUUUACAAACGUCAGUAGGAAUACCUAGAGUUUAUUGGUUUGGGCCGGAUGGAGUAAGUAACCGGUACAAGGCUAUGGUUAUGGAUUUGCUCGGUCCAAGUCUCGAGGAUUUGUUCACAUUUUGUGGACGUCGUUUCUCCAUGAAAACAGUUUUAACGUUAGCUGAACAAAUGCUAUGGCGUAUAGAACAUGUUCACUACAGAGGUCUAAUCCAUAGGGACAUUAAACCGGACAACUUCUUGAUGGGAAUCGGUCCACAUUGCAACCGAGUCUUCAUUGUUGAUUUCGGAUUAGCGAAAAGAUUUAGAGAUCACAGGUCAAAGUGCCACAUACCUUACAGAGAUGACAAGAACCUAACCGGCACAGCACGUUACGCCAGCAUAAAUGCUCAUGCUGGUAUAGAACAGUCCAGGAGAGACGACAUUGAAUCUCUCGGAUAUGUUUUCAUGUAUUUUCUCAGAGGACACCUUCCGUGGCAAGGUCUCAAGGCGAAUACAAAAAAGCAAAAGUAUGAACGUAUUUACGAGAAAAAGCUGGCUACAUCUCCUGAGGCUUUAUGUAAAGGUUAUCCAGUCGAAUUCGAAAAGUAUUUGCAUUUCGCUCGUGGAUUGGCCUUUGAUAGUACUCCAGAUUAUCAUUUUCUAAGAGGAAUUUUCCGCCGUCUAUUUCAAAGCCUAAAUUUCGUCUUAGAUUAUGUAUAUGAUUGGGCACUCCUAGGCACCAAUUCCUCUAACACUAAUCAGUCUUUGUUGAAUUCCAACGCAGAAUGUGAAGAUGGCAAUAAUCAACAUCAGAACAACGCAGAGUGCCAAGGAAUGGACAAUACAGUUGGAACAAAUCCGCGUGCUCUAGCAGCACCUCAAGUGUAUGGAAAUCAUAAUCAUCAUAGUCUACCUGUUCAGCAAUCACAACAGGUCUUACCACACGCUCAUAAUCGUGAUGGGGUUCAGCAGUCAACUUUUCAUUCCCAGUUUGUUAAUCAGUCCGGAAACUCAGGUACGCAGCCGAAUGCUUAUAAUGCUCCUGGCACAAGUGUAGGAUAUAGUAUGCGUUGUAUGCCUACAGAAAUGCGCCGCUGAUAUGUACCGGAAUAUAAAUUAUUUCCGUCAUUUUAUUUUACAGCGAUGAAGUGGUGUGUUUUGUUUGAUUUUAUUUCUUUUAUCCCAGACUCUGUCUGUCUGUUUUUAGACAUAGAACUUUGCACAUAUAUGCGGCAGUCCAGGUCGCCACACUCCAUGUAACACACAAAGCAAGACACUGGCUACCCAGUUGUUCAUAUGCUGAUAAUCAUUAUAUCUUACUUUGUUUGUGAUUAAUUUUUAGGACCUAGCUGUGUUCUUGCGUUCCUUCUACCUCUUAUUCUUACUACAUGAUGUUAACAUAUUGUGGUCCAUUGGCUUGAACAUCCGACUCUAGCCAGAUUUUGAUCUCACGCUACUCCAAACUGGACAGCUGGGUAGUAUCAUCAGCCUUCACACAGUGUGUUUCAUUGCCCAGUACCGGCACUGCGUUAAACAGGCGUAAUGACAAACAGAAGUCACGCACUUCUCUACAAAGUUCUAUGUUGAUCCGUCAGUCAGUAAAGGAGGAAGAUAACACCCACAGAGAGUGACAGACUUACGGAAGCAUUUACUUGAAAGUGACUGUUUGUGUAUCCAACUGCCAGCCCAACUGAUUCAUCUAAAAAUCGAUUAACUACUCUAAAAAUUUGUUGUCACUGUGUUGAGCAUAUUCAUGUGCACAUUUUAUUUAUGAAAAAGUGUUAAGUGCCUUAAAUAAUCUCAUCUAGCCUGAGAAAAUGACUGAUCAGUAUGCUAUACAAUAUAAUGAAAUUCACAUUUUGUUUUUAAAGUUAAUCCAAUCCAAAUGUAUAUAAAAGUAAGUGUAUUAAUUUCCUUGUGAACGUAUUCAUAAUUUCUUGAUCUAUUUAUUCAUUUUGUUCAAAGCGAUGUAACCGAUACAAACUGUUUAUUCUGUCAGGUUUGGGUAUGUAGACUAUUUUUAUGUACACUAAGUAUCUUUCCUCAACACAUUACUAAGGCAUGAAGUCUUCUUCAUAUGUUAUGCAUAAAAAUGGUAGAUUAUCCAGAUGAGAUUCAAAUCACUGGUUGUAUGAAUACCCAUUCACUCUGGCACCACUUGAGUUUUAAAAGACAAUAAUAACUAUAACCACAUUUUUGUGGGGUCGCAUGUACUGAGUAUGCAUUGCACGUACUGAUAUGGUUUAAAUGGUAACAAAAAAAGGAGGAUAGAAAAUUAUCGAUAUCAUUUCGUCUGAUUUCACCAGUUUUUGCGUACUUCAUACAUUUAUGCCCCUUGAUGAAUUUGAAUCAAGGAAGAGGAAAAGUGGUUAGUGCAAAAUGAUAUGGUGCCAUCAUUUCUUUCGAAUGGCUUCUCAUCAUCUGCU